AUGGCUGAGCAGGAACCCAUAGCUCAGUGGCUAGCACAGACUGCGGCUGAAAAUGAGGAGGAUGAACACGUGGUCAACCAUAAGCCCCCCACCCAGAAGGGCAUCCAGGAGAUCCAGGAGCUGGACAAGGAUGACGAGAGUCUGCGCAAGUACAAGGAGGCCCUGUUGGGCCACGUAGCUGUGUCUGCUGACCCCAAAAUCCCCAGUGUUGCUGUGACCCGCCUGAUCCUGGUGUGCAGUACAGCCCUGGGUCUUCUGGAGCUGGGCCUGAGAAGUGAUCUGGAGAGCUUCAAGAAGCAGUCCUUUGUGCCGAAGGAGGGGAUGGAAUACCAUGUGAACUGGGAGACUGUGUCCGGCAUGAAAUACAUCCAGCACACGUACAGGAAAGGCGUCAAGACUGACAACAUUGACCACCUGUACCUGAUGGAAAGCUAUGGUCCCCAGGCAGAGGAGUAUGAGCUUCUGGCCUCCAUGGAGGAGGCGCCCAAGGGUAUGCUGGCUCAUGACAGCUACAACAUCAAGUCUCGCUUCACAGACGACAAUAAGACUGACCACCUGUCUUGGGAGUGGAACCUUACCAUCAAAAAGGAAUGGAAGUCUCCUUGGUGGUCUCGCCUUGCUGCUUCUGCCUGUACUGGGGGGAGGCCAGGUGUCCUGACGCCCCUGCUUUCUCUGUCCCAGCGGGCAGUGCCGGAGCCCACGGUCCCAGCAGACAGCCCCCUCUGGACAAGGUCAGUGGCCGAGCCUUACUUAUCCCACCUGGGCCUGCCAGCCUGGAGUCGUGUGCCUGGCCUGUCAGUGUCUCCAUAUGUGCCAUUCUCUGGGCCCCCUGGCCUGCCACCUCUGCCCCCAGGCUUGGUGCCACCAUCCCUGACAUGCCCUCUCCGGAUCCAGCCAGGACAACUGUGGGACCAAGUGGACACAGAUGUCAAUGCUCUCACUAUGGCCAAAUUUCAAGCUUCCAACACGACCUCACUGAUUCCAGAGAUGGGAUGA